AUGGGUAAUGACGGCGGAAGUAUCCCCACCCGCCGCGAACUUGUUCGCGAGGCCACCCGCGCCCCAAGCACAGCGCAAAUCAAAGAAACCCAGCGCGAACAGCAAGAACACGCCUGGACAACCUGUCCAUUGUCACACAGAGUCCUCGCACGACCAAUCGUCUCAGAUUCGGUCGGCAACCUAUACAAUAAAGACGCCGUGCUUCAGUUCCUGCUCCCCGGCGACGACGGCGAGGGCAUCAGCUCCAAAUCCGACUGCGAGGAGAUCCUAUGCGGGCGAAUCAAGUCUCUGCGCGAUGUGAUCGAGCUGCACUUUGAGGUUGACACUGAGCGCAAUGAGCACCCAUCUGACCGCGCGCAUGCGCACCGUCAUGAGCGCCGUGAAGGCUGGAUCUGCCCGGUUACCGCCAAGCCGCUCGGUCCGGCUGUGAAGUCGGUUUAUCUGGUUCCUUGUGGGCAUGUUUUUGCUGAGGAGGCGAUCCGGCAGCUGAAGGGCGAUAAGUGUCUGCAGUGCAACGAGCCUUACACUGAAGAUAACAUUAUUACGAUCUUGCCGACUAAGGCAGAGGACAAGGAGCGUCUUAUGGCUCGGGGUGCGAAGCUCGCUGAGCAAGGUCUAACUCACUCUCUGAAGAAGGCGCCUGGCUCGAAGAAACGUAAGAAGCAUGCUACUGAAGGCGAAGAGGCCAAGAAACUUACCUCUACGACUGCCAAUGGAAAUGGCAUCAAAAAUGCCGCGACGGCUUCACUUACUGCUCGUGUGUUGAGUGAAGAGAAAGAAAAGAAUAAGAAGCGCAAGAUGAUGGGUCUAAGUGAUAACUUGGACAGCCUCUUUACCAAAGACAGCAAAGACGGCAAGAAUGGUGACUUUAUGACGAGAGGAUUCAGCAUUCCUUCUUCAGCGCGUCGUUAG